CACUUUGACGUGGCAUGCACUAACCCCAGCCCCCAACCCGACCCCUCCUUUUCCCCCUUUAUAUACUCUUCCCUAAUCCCCCCCUCUUCCUCUCUCCUUCCUCGGAUAUACUCCCCUCGCCACCAUCGAUCACCAACUAAUCUCCUAAGCGCUCUCUCUCUCUCUCUCUCUUUCUAGCUACUUCUCGAUCUCUUCAACAAUAGUCCCACAUAUAUCAAAGCAACUAAAAGAAAUGCCUCCCAAUGGCUUAAGUGACACCACACAUAGUUACAUCCCCACCACCACCACCACCGGAAGCAGCACCGACUCCUCUAAAAUGGACUCCUUCAUCUCCUCUACUUGUUACCCUCUCACACUUCAGUUCACCGACAUCACCUACCGCAUCAAGAUCGACCAGGCCGCGCCGCCCUCGUCCAACAAGAGCCGCAUCACGCGCAUCUUCCACUCCGGCUCCGGCUCCGGCUCCGGCUCCGGCUCCGGGUCGGCCCCCGCGGCAGAGCGCACCAUCCUGAACGGGGUGACGGGGUCGGCGUGCCCGGGCGAGGUGGUGGCCGUGCUGGGCCCGUCGGGCAGCGGCAAGUCGACGCUGCUCGGGAUCCUCGCCGGGCGGGCCCACGCGGGGCAGCACUCCGGGUCGGUCCUGGCGAACGGGCGGCGCCUGACCAAGGCGGUCCUGCGCCGGACCGGGUUCGUGGCCCAGGACGACCUGCUCUACCCGCACCUCACCGUGCGCGAGACCCUCCUCUUCUGCGCCAUGCUCCGCCUCCCCGCCUCCGUCCCCGCCGCCGAGCGCGCCGCCGCCGCGGACGCCGUGAUCGCCGAGCUGGGCCUGGCGCGGUGCGCGGACUCGCCCGUCGGGAACGCCUUCGUGCGCGGCGUCUCCGGCGGGGAGCGCAAGCGGGUGAGCAUCGCCCACGAGCUGCUGGUGAACCCGAGCCUCCUGCUCCUGGACGAGCCCACCUCCGGCCUGGACUCGACCGCCGCCGCCCGCCUGGUGGGCACCCUCACCGGCCUGGCCCGCAAGGGUCGGACCGUCGUCAUGUCCAUCCACCAACCCUCCAGCCGGGUCUACCAAAUGUUCGACUCCGUCCUCUUGCUCGCCGACGGCAACUCCCUCUACUUCGGCCCCGCCCGGGACGCCAUGGAUUAUUUCGCCUCCCUCGGCUUCACUCCCCGGUUCCACGUCAACCCCGCCGAUUUCAUGCUCGACCUCGCCAAUGGGUUUGCUCAGAUGGAUUACCAUGGUGACGCAGAGAAGUCCAAUGUGAAGCAGUCCUUAAUUGCCUCGUACAGCAGAAUAUUAGCCCCUAGAGUGAAGGCUUCUAUAAAUGCUGCUGCUGCUGCUGCUGCAGAUGCUGCCCAAAUUGGUAAUGAAAAAAGCUACGGCAGCGUCGGCUGGUUCAGCCAGUUCACGAUCCUGCUCCGCAGGAGCCUCAAGGAGCGUCGGCACGAAACAUUCAACUCCCUGCGGGUCUUCCAAGUCAUGGCCGCGGCCGUCCUCGCAGGACUAAUGUGGUGGCACUCCAAAAUCUACAAUGUUCAAGACCGUCUCGGCCUCCUCUUCUUCAUCUCCAUAUUCUGGGGUGUCUUCGCCUCCUUCAACGCCGUCUUCACUUUCCCGCAAGAACGUGCCAUCUUCAUUAAAGAGCGGUCGUCGGGCAUGUACACUUUAUCAUCUUACUUUAUGGCUCGAAUGGCCGGAGACCUUCCAAUGGAGCUCAUACUCCCGGCUGUCUUCGCCCUAAUUCUGUAUUGGAUGGCCGGGCUCCGGCCUGAUCCGGGGGCAUUUGUGCUUACACUGGCUGUACUACUCGGGUAUGUAUUGGUCGCACAAGGGUUAGGGCUUGCAGUUGGGGCGGUUAUUAUGGAUGCAAAGCAAGCGUCAACCGUGGUCACGAUCACCAUGUUGGCAUUUCUUCUCACCGGCGGGUUUUACGUGCAAAAUGUGCCGAGUUGCAUGACUUGGGUGAAGUAUACUUCCUUCACCUUCUACUGCUACAGGCUUCUAGUCGAAGUUCAAUACACUAAACACGAAUUGGCCGCUUUGGGCUUUACUCAUCAUGGGAAGCGAAGAGACAUAGUAGGAGAAGAGUUGGAAGGGCAGGUUAGUACAACCGUAUGCGUCGCCGCGUUGGUUGCAAUGUUUGUGGGAUACAGAGUUUUGGCAUAUAUUGCUCUUAGGAGGAUGAAAACAUAAAAUUGGUGCGAAAAUAACACCAAUUUAGCUCCAUUAUAUUGACAUAGUACGCAAGGUGGCUAAGUUUUCACUCCACUUAAUAAUAACAAGGGAGUGAAGGACAGAGUAAGAUAAAAGAUAAAUAAUUCUUGAGAGGAAGUGUAUAUGGUAUGUGGCAUUAAGAAUCUAACACUGAGAUGUCAACUACUUCUCAGUCGACGAGGAAGAGAAAAUGAUAAGCUUCCAUCUUCGAGAUAAACAGAAAUUUGCAACUCGCAAUAUCUCAUUGUAAUCGGUUUUUAUUUUGCCAAUAGAAAUUUUGCAAGUACAGUUAUUGAUGUA